CUCCUUCGACGCGGGCAGUGCUGCUGCGCGUCCUGCCGGGCGUCCCGCUGGAGACGGGGGUUUUGCUGCACGUGAGUUCGCUUUUUUUUUUCUUUUUCUUUCUUUUUUUUUUUUAACCUUCCUUCGGUUAUUAUUUUCUUGAUUUAUUUUUCCUCAUCUUGUGAGUUUUUUCCCCUAAUCCGGUGUUAAGUGGGGGAAAAGAAGCGCGGCGGUGCCGGCACCUGCGGAAGGACCAACUUUGCGCGUUCGGUGCUCGGGCGCUGAGUUGGGGCUGCGCGGUUCCGGGGCGGUCGGCGUGGGGAGCAGCGCGGGUGCGCGUCUCCGUGCGCCCGUUGUGGUUCUGGGUUGUUUCUGUGCCGAUAAACGCAGUGCUCCUCCGGCAGCCGCUCCGCCUUCUGGUGGCACUACCCGGACUCUAGCGGAGAGCCAAGUCGGCGGCGUCCGAGUAUUUUUUUGAGGGGAGAAAGGAAAACGUCGUUCCCCACCCGCAGCGCCCUGAGCCGGGCGGUGGGGGAGCGGCCCCGGCGGCUCUGCUGGCCCGAGAGGAGCUGCGACCCCGGGCGGCGCUGCGGUGCUGUGGGACCCCCGCCGGCUGCGCUGUGGGUGCGGACCCCGCCGCCUCCCUCCCUGCCCGCAGCACCGCUCCCACCUGCGCUUUGCCCGUUCGUUCCUUCUGCACUUCGUUCCGAUUUGGGCUCCUUGCUGCUCUCUUUCUUUUUUUGUUGUUGUUGUCUUCUUUUCCUCCUCUAAGGCGAAGGGUUGGGAGGGGAGGAAGAGUUUUUCUAAGCAAAGCAGCAGCAGAACCGCUGGACGGGGAUGCUGUAGAUGUGUAACGCUGAGGGCUGCCUUUAUCCGGUUAUCCCAGUGGAGCAGAGCAAUGAGUGAGGAGCCCAUGACAGAGCAGACCCUUGGGCUGACCCACAGUGUCUGUUGUGACGGCAUCUCGUGGGGUUCCCUGCUCUGGGUUUGGCAUGGCUGUGCUUUGAUGGGUGCAGGUGGUAAGAGGGGUGGUAGGAGGGUUCCCGUGGAGCACUGUCUGCACUCACUGCUGGUGGGGCAGUGCUGCCGUGGCCUUUGGGGAACGGUUCAGCAAGGGAAGGUGGGUCUCCAAAGAACCGCUUUCUUUAGAAAAGAUGGAUGUGUGGCGGUGAGUGCGGGCAGGAGGUUUCCUUUAGGAGUUGUAAAGAGAGGAGUAAAGCUCUUGGAGAAGAGCACUUACCUGGAAUAAGCGAUGGGAAUCGAUCCUUGUGGAGGAUCAGAACCUGAUGUGUUCCUGGCGCCGAGAGCUGCCAGCUGCCUGUGUCCCAAAUGCUUCAACAAAGGCAGCAGAACUUCUGCUGUGUGUUCCCGGCUGAUGGCUGCGUGAGGAGCUCUCAGACUUAGAAGGAAACCUGCAUCUGCUCAAGGAGAACGUCUGGAAAUAAAAACGUUUGACAUCCUGCAGGUGCUGUGGGGUUACACAGGACUACGUGCGUUAAUUACGUGCACUGGGAAGGGCUGUGGUUACCUUGAAGUGAACUGUGGCUUUUCUUUUCCCAUCCCCUUCCCAUUGAGUUGCUGUCCUGUGUAGUACGGGGUUCGUGGUUUUCAAGGAGCACGAAGGCAUUCCUUCCAGAGCGACUGCAACGAGGGGGCCUUGUGGGGAGAGGAGCAUCAAGGAGUCCAGCUUUGGGCUCAAGUUAUGAUUCCUGUACAUCUGCUUGUUCAGUCACAGCUUGAGGUCUGUGCUGCAAAGGUGAAACACACCAGAAAAGCAUGCUGGAAGAAAGUGCAUUAAGCAGAGGUAACUUCAGAAUAACUGACACCAGGGGUUGGUGAGGCAUUGGUGAACCUGCAGAGGGAAAGCAGGGGGGGAGGAAUCAUCAGAUCAGUAACAAGUUGGCUUUUUGUAACUGCGGAGCUUUAAUUGUAUCGCUUAAAAAGCAGGCAGUUAGGAUGAUUUUUCAUACCUGUGCUUGCAGCCGAGGCUGAACCUGCGGAGUUCACGCUGAUGUGGGUAAUCUGAAUCAAGCUGAACAGCAAAGAGCCUCUGAGGAGAAUCUGAAACCCAGUAGGCAUUUCUCAGACCUGAGUUAUGUCACUUUUUUUAGAGGUGCCUCAGGCGAUUGCAUUUUAAGAAGACAAAGCUUUUGUUUUCCAGCUGGCCUAGAAAAAUAGCAAGGAUGAAUCCAAAGCAAAGGCUCUCAGAAGUUGUCAUUUGCGAUUAAGUUGAUCCUGCUGUUGUGCGCAGGGAUGCUGCUGCCAUCCUUGCAGUCGUGUGAACUGUGCCUAUUUUUGUUUUUGCCACCAGUCCUACUCUACCUGUUUCUGUUUGAAUCAAGUGAGUCAUGUUGGAGCUUCUCACUAACAUGCAUGUGUAUUUAAUUAGCGGGGCAGGUGUUUGCUGGCUGCAUCUCUGUUACAAAAUUAAUUGUGUGUACUUUACAAAGGGCAGAAGAGAGGUGACACCAGGGCAGGGAUUGACAGCUGCAUAUAGCAUCCAGGUCUGCAUCUAAAAUACUGCACUUCUGAAGGCUUGUAACAAUGAGCAAAGACUGCUUUCCGUUGCACAUCUGAGGGAAUCCACAGUUUGCAUGGAAACAAGAAGUAUGCAUGCUAAUAGCCAAUCUAAAGCUCUUCUUUUGGCUUCUGGUGUUCCCUGCAGCUGAGAAGGAUGGCAGUUAGCAUCCUGUGGCUGCCAGGCUGACAGCCUACAGCAGAAACUGCAUCUGUGGAGCUGCAACCUGAGCUGGGGGUGUGGAGGACACCACGGAGAUGCUCCAGCACAGACAACAAGAAGUAUGUUCCUGCAUUCUGCAGUUCUGUAAGCUCCUGCUGAGGUCCUCUAUGUAAGGAUUACUGGUGAUGACAUCUUUUUCUUAAAAUGAGAACAGUUUCCCUCUCAGGAAAACCUCACAAUCUUGUAAUAGCAUCGGCCCUAUUAACGUGAUCCGGAGCUGUAUGGCAGAGGAGGAGGCAUCUUGGGAACUCUGCCCUCGUGCUGCGUGCCUGGCUUUGCUCUGGAUAUCCAGGGGAAGGCUAUAAGGGCAGCGUGAGUCAUCGCUUUGGCUCCCGUGUAGCACUGACACAACCAGUGCUGCCAUGCUCCCUACUGAGGUCACUGUACCUUCCCAUAGGGGAAGGCCUGGGAGCUGACACUCCAUCUCCAGGGGCACCGCUUCUGCUGCUUCCAUGGGAAGGCUUGGGUCUUGCUCCUGCAGCACCAGAUAGCAUUUUCUUAAGGCAAUACUCCUUACAGUAUGUUGAGAGUGAAUGCUGGCUCGCAGUACGAUGUGCGUGAGGUGAGGCUUGGCCCUUGGCUUCACAGGGAAGGGGAGGCUGCCCCACUGAUGUCAGGGGCAUGUGCAGAAUGCCAGGCACUGGGUUCAGUAGCAUUCCUGCUCCUCCAGCAGUCCAUUUCUUAACGUAAUCAUCUGUAGGCUCAACCAGUUGCCUUGCAAACAGUCAUCUUCUUUUUUUCUUAUGAUUAUUUCUGAAAAGUCUGUUUUUUAAAACAGAAAGCACAGCGUUAGUUGGUUUUCACAGAAGAGGGCUGAGGUAAACAGCAGAGAUGCCCACGGGCUGCAUCCACAUGAAUUCAGCCAUUCCAUGAUGUGGCAUGGUUUGGAGCAAUAGGGGCUGGAAAGUGGCAGAGCAUUAUCUGAUGCCUUUGCAAGCAGCUCAUGUUCAGGCAAAUGCAGCCACGGUAGGAACGAACAUGAACUCAUCUUCUGGUUGCUGCUGCAUGCUGUGGAGGAACGGGCAGGCGGGAUGCGGUGCACAGCUGAGCACAUCGCCUGCUGUGCUGAGAUGGAGUGGCUGUGUCUUGCUGGGUCCCACUGUCCCUGAGUGGGGAAGGUGGGGGGGGGGGGGGAGGGGGGGACGACGACACGUCCUUCCAUACGGGGAUCUGUGCCUUCCUGUGGAUGUACUGAAACCCAGAAAUGCGGGUGGCUUCUGUGUGAAUGCUGGCUCGCUCUGGAAGCUGGGAGCAGAUGGAUGCUGUGGUGUAUGAGCAGGUGCCUGAGCUCAGGACUGGAGCGGUGAGGGGUACCAGGCAGGGGGUGUAUGGCUGCUGCACUCCUCACUGGACGGCUCCUGCUGCUUUUCUCGGGCAGUUUGAAUCUCCUCUUUCUUCCUGCGUUUAGCAAACUGCUGGGAAGCCCUUUGGGGGAGGACCUGUGAGAAAAUUGUUCCUUCAGGGUGCGGGACGCACUGGUUCUGCUGGCUGCCAUGUGUAGGGGGAGGGCUUUGGCUUGGGAGGAGGGGGGGAGGGAUCAGUGUGAACACCGUGUGUGGGUGAAGGUGGGGGGCAGGUGCUGCUGCUGGCUCUGCGUGGGGACUGCACUCACCUGUGGCAAUGUGCCACAGGAGAAAUAGCACGGCAGGGCUGCUUUCGGGAGAUGUAACGGCUGUAAGCACUGCAGAAAUCCUCUUGAACCUCUCCAGCCACUUAGGCUUUGUUCUUUUCACUCUGGCUACAGAAUUUACUCUGAAUCAUGCUUACUCAUUUUAACAGAGCAGUAAAACUUUGCCUUGUACUCAUGCUCCCCGCUCCGGUAGCUACCCACGUCCUGGUGUUUCCCUGCAGGCACAGGAGCUGUUCCUGCAGAUCACAUUGCUGGGGUGGAACUGGUUUGGGAACUUCAGUGUCCAUAUGCAGCCCAGGUAUAUUGCUUCCCUCCAGCAGCUGUGUGGGGCACAGGGGAUGGUGAAGAGAAGUUCCUGAAGGUGAACUUCUGCAAGAUUCUAUGCGAAGCCUACAGCAGUGUGCGGCUUCAACAGCAUAUGGGGAGCAACUGCUGCCACAGACGAGCAUCAGAAGUGGGCACGGCUCUUCUUUCCUGGUAAUGAGGAGCAGUACUUAGCUGCAAAUGGGCUCCCAGCUGCUUUGCUGGAGUGCACGUAGUGUUUUCAGGGAGGUGCUGGUAAUAAGCCGGGGUUUGGUAAUGCCUCCUGUGAGCAGAACCACGCCUGGUGGCAGGAGAGGGACAGGAAGGGCUUAGAUGGUUUUAAUAUUGUUGUAGGAAGCAAUUAAAUUGGGUCUCUUGCCCUGCUCGUGUGCCGAGCAGGGAGGGCUCAGCCCCCCCGUGCUGGGCUGUUGGCUACCUUCUGUUUGCACUGGAAAGAAGCAAUUGCUGUCAGCUCCUACCCAGCUCCUGGGACCUAUCUGCUUGUUUAUUUGGGCAGAUUAUUUUCAAAUCACUUUGAAGAUGGGCUCGAACACCGACCACGGGGGACAGUCCUUCGUCUGUGUUCCGUCAGCAAACAUUGAGCAGUGUAUUGUAAAUUACCUCCCUUCCCCAAAUGGAGGGCUGGACACUGCCAGAGAACGGAGCACCCCAUCUGGCUGUCCACUUCCAGAGCAACCUAAGAGCUGCUGGCCUGUCUUCCCUCAGCUCUGAGUGCUGGGCUGUGUGGGGAUGCAUGGGGAUGUGCACAGGUGAGGCAGACUCUCCUCUGCACCCUCUGCUUUUAUUAUCAUUUCAGCUUGCAGCUGUUGCACCACCAUCCAAUUUUGUGUGCUUCCAGCCGAUGAUGUACGUCUGUUCAAGUACUGCUUUGCAAGAGGGGAAAAACACAGUACUGGUGACCUCAGAAUUGAUAGAUUUUAGCCUUGUGUAGUGUAAACAUCUGUAUUUUACUGCUUGUUGGGAGGAAGCGGUGCAGGGGAUUGUAGCUCAGCAAGUGAAAAUAAGACAACCCUAUCCACGGCAGGGGGAUUGGAGCUAUAUUAUCUCUAAGGUCCCUUCCAAUCCAAGCUGCUUUAUGUUUGAGAAAGGAGCCUGCUUUGGGGAACUCAGGCCCUGGGCUGGUGCUGGGUGGAUGCUGGUGCAGGGAGCAAGGGCUGCUGCUGCUGGCUGGCUUCUGAAAUCCCAGCCAAGAUGAGGCUUUUCUUCUGACCCUCAAAUGUCUCUAUUUUGCCUCCGGAGCCAUAGUGUCACCAGCAAGGGGAGUCUCUAGCAAGUAGGCUAAAGAUCAGCUGGUAAAAUAAAUGCAAAGUGAUUAAUAAGUGAUUAAUCUGCUUGUCCUUGUUUAUUCCUUUAAUUCUGUUUCCGUUUGAGGUCUUUAUCAUUUGACCAGGUACCAACAGUCUCGGAGGCCUUACGUUCAUAUCUUUGCAUACAGUACAGUAGUAUCUGAGGAUCCGUGCCCAGAACCAGUGAGAAGGAGCUGUGGCUCUGGAGUUUAGGCUCUAAAUAGAGAAGAGGUAGGAGGGCAUGUGACUGGGCCUGACCUCGGUGGUAGUGGAGCUGGGAAUAAUGCCAGCUCCCCGUGCUCCCAGCUCACCCUCCUGGAGGUUUGCUCUGCUGCUCUCUCGGCUCUCUCUCCUUCACCCCGCCUGCACCAACCUGGUGUACAGGCAAAGCUGGGGAGCUCUGUGUGCCCAAGCCCAGCCUUCCAGCUGUCCAGCCUUUCCCUGCCUUUCUCCAUCCUUGCAGCUUCGCCCUGUCCUGGUUCCUUUCCUCGUGCAGGGGCUGGGAGCCUCGGCAAUGCGUGGCAUGUGACAUUUAGCACAGGAGCAUAGCAGUCAUUUUAGCAAGGCUUAGCGUUGGCUUGCAAGGAGAUGACACUGUCCUAGAAGCCUGCCUUGUGUAGGAGCACGGCUACUCUGCCAGGACAGCACUGAUUUUUAUCUCGUAUUGCUGUAUCUGCUUAUUUUCCUUCCUUUUUUCUAAGCGUAAAGCUCUUACGUGAACAAACACCUGAUGCUGGCAGGGUGACCCAUGUGGGGGCUUUCCUUUGGGGACACCAGAGCGAGAGUUGGGGUUAUUGCAGUAUUCCAAGGGCUCUGGAAGGUUUUUAAGCUGCCCUGAGCACGUGGCUGGGUGUGUGCAGCAUCCCCACAGCAGCCUGCUUGUGAUGCUUUCAGCCUUGGUACAACAGUACCAAAACCAUCUGUAGAGACAAAGGUGUAAUAAGGGAGAGAAGUGGCGAUACCGAGCUCCCAUCUGAAACCUAGCGCAGCUCUCCUGCGCACGGCUGCCUUUUCUUCACAUGCUUUUCCAGGCAAAGCAGGUGGUGCUUAAUACCUUUUUUGCAUACAAACCCAUGGCAUGCAGCAUAAGGCCACUCACAUCUGUGUGCUAUGUAGGUCAGAUGCGUGCUCAUCCCUUUACGAAGACCCAAGCUGACAGCAUUCCCUUCCUGCAGUGACGGGGGGGACGGCCACGUGCUGCCUCUGUCGGAGCCCUGCCAAGGGCACAGCCCCGGGGGGACCUGCAUGCAGGUAAAGUGUUCUCCUCUCCACGUGCUGCGAGGAGCCUUGUUGAUGAAAGAUUAAUGGGUGCUGUGUGUCAGGGGUUGAUGGAGUGUCACAUCAGAUUAGCCUUAUGGUUCAAAAAUACUAAACGCUUCUGUGCUGCGCGUCUAGCAGAUGCCUUUUGCUUUGCACUGAAUAAAGAGUGUGUUUGCUGGCCUCUCCAGUCUGUGCUGCUGCUGCUGGAGUUAUUAAAACACAAAUCACUCUCCCUCCUCCUCCUCUCCCCCCCCCCCCCCCAGCCAAUCUUGUUCUGGUAUUUCGUGACCUUUUCUUGCUUAGGUUCUGUUGGUGGAGGAUAAAAUGAAUUGAAAACAAACAACUUGUCUUGCCCAGAAGCACGUCAGGAAUGCAGUGUAGCACUGAGUCUCCCUCUUUGCUUUGAUGGACGUGGUGCCAGGGACAGAUGUGUGUGUCCUGUGGAAAGUGCUGUCCUAGGGUGAAAGCAGUGGGGAUCACAGAUAGGGCUACUGCUGAUCUCCUACUGGAGCUGUGUCCUCUGAGCUUUGUAUGCCUCCAGCCCUGGCAGAUGGUGACCCAAGCCAGCCCACUGGGCUGCUACGUGUUCUGCAGUUCUUAUGUCUUGAAGCUGUGUGAGGAUGCAAAGACUGGUUCUCUCAGAAGCAGAACAGAAAACCUGGGAAUGUGACCCCAUGGGACCCCUAAGCAUCCAUUGAAAAUGGAGGAAAAAGAAGAUCUGUGGUUUAUUUUAAAACUGAAGAGGGAACUUUGAAGCUUCCUCUCCCAGGGAGCCUCCAAGUGGCAUCUCUGCAACCUGAAUUUCUUAUCCCAGGUGAGGCGACCUUGCGAGCAGUCAUAAUGGAAAUGGGAGCAGAUGAGGAUCAGAGCAGAUGAAGAUGGGUGUAGGAAUGUCCUCAUACAAUCCAGUGUGGUGUGGAAGAUAUCUCUAGUAUUAAAGCUGAUCUGCUCGUUCUGCAAGACUAUCAAGAAACGUCUGAGAUAAAAGAAGGGCUGUACCUGUCAGUUCUUCCUUCAGCAGGUGAGAGGCAUCCCCAAGCACUGCCUGUCUGCUGAGAGACUCAGAGCUGGGUGUGAAGUUCUGCACGCUGAAGCAGCUGGAUGAGUAGCUAGCACUUGAGGACCCCUCAGCGACGAGCAGGUCCUUGUGACUCGAGUAGUGCAUGCAGGACGAAGGUGAGACGGUGGAGGGGUGCUGCACCUGCUCCCAGACCAGAGACAGGAAGGACUAACAAACCCAAGCGUCCACACCAUUCCCGGUGUUCAAGAUGUCAUUGAAGGUGCAGACAAGCAACAUAACGAACAAGAAUGACCCCAAGUCCAUCAACUCCAGAGUCUUCAUCGGCAAUCUCAACACAGCUGUGGUCAAGAAGUCAGAUGUGGAGACCAUUUUCUCCAAGUACGGCCGUGUGGUGGGCUGUUCUGUUCACAAGGGCUACGCCUUCGUACAGUACUCCAACGAGAGGCACGCACGUGCUGCCGUGCUGGGUGAGAACGGGCGCGUGCUUGCUGGCCAGACACUGGAUAUCAACAUGGCCGGGGAACCUAAACCUAACAGACCUAAAGGGCUGAAGAGAGCAGCCUCCACGUUAUACAGCGGCUAUGACUUCGACUACGACUAUUACAGAGACGACUUCUACGACAGGCUUUUUGAGUACCGGGGCCGGGUGUCUCCGGUGCCCAGGGUGGUUCCAGUGAAGCGGCCGCGGGUCACCAUCCCCCUCGUCCGGCGUGUGAAGGCAACGCUCCCUGUCAAGCUCUUCGCUAGAUCGGCUGCCAUUGCCAACAGCUCGGCCAAGCUGAAGUUGAAGUGCAGCGAGCUUCAAACAAUCAAAACUGAGCUGACGCAGAUCAAAUCCAACAUCGAUGCUCUGCUGGGCCGGCUGGAGCAGAUUGCUGAGGAACAGAAACAGUCCACAGAGGUACGGAAGAAGGUGGAUGGCAGCAAAAGCGAAGUCUCGCAGGAAGACACGGCAUCAGAAGCAGAGGUCAACACGGAGGAGCCGCUGAAUGGGGAUGAGGGAGAGGAGGAGGGCCUUGCACGGGAUGAGUGUGAAGAUGAACUGGAGAACAGCCAUUACACAGACAUGGAGGAUGCCAGACUACAGUAACCAGCCCAUUUAGAACAGCAGUGAGCAAUGGUGUGAGGAAAGCACGAGGCUAAACCCUGCCCCGGCACGUUGAGCAAGACAAGCUAAAUUGAAGUGCUGCUGUCAUCUCUACCUGGCAUUCGAAAGGAGAAACAUGGCCCAACAUCUUCCACCCAUCUGUAAAGCAAAGACAAAGAAAGCUCAUCCCAGCAGAUCCCCACGACCCCGUGCAAUGGAUUCAGAGCUCUGCAGCGAGCACAGGCAGCAGCCAAACCCUGCGUGAUCCAUAAUCACCCCUGGCUGGGUAUGGACCCAGUGAGUCAGAGAUGGUACGGGGCUGUUGGCAGGAGAGGAAGGACAACUAAGCCCAACUCAAUAAGACUUUUUUUUUUCCCAUGCUCGGUGAGAGCCAGAGCAUUUGGUAACUGGGGGAAAAGUACUGUCUCAGUUUGGACAAUCUGUGUUCUCACACUCAAGGUCACUUUGCGGAACAGGGUGCAGGGUGAGCUCUCCUGCCAGAGCAGUCACCUCCUGCUGUGGCUCUCGCCCCAUGCAAUGCUGCAGGUACGUGGCUGCUUCCAGGCAGACAGGAGCUGGUGGCUGUGCACGUGCUGUGCUCUUUGCAGAUGCUCAAAGAGAGGAGAAGGCAAGGAGAUGCUGCCUGCAGGAAAGCAAGAGAUCCCAAGCAGGAGAAACAAGGCAUGCAUCAUCUUCAGCCGUAUGGCAGAGAAGGGGUGCAAGCAUGCAUCAAGCAGGUGGAUGCAACCCUUCUGGAGCAGCAGAUCCCUGGAAGAGCUGUGACCCAUCUCCAGCCAGAGCAGUCAGCCCCUGCCCUGCUGCUCACGUCUGCUCCUCAGCCAGCUCCCCUGGAUCUCUGGGGCACCAGGACAGCGCUGUGCAGCCCCUGACCACCACAGUUGUGCUCCAUCGUCUGACAGCUCUGCGGUGCAGCGACGCUCCUGAGCAUGGUGAGACCAAUUACAGUGACCCCCAGCACAACGUGUGUGGGUGUGCAAGCACCUCUUUCUCCUGCUUUUGACCCGUGCCACGUCCUGCGAGUAGGAGGCUGCAGCAGCCCUUUCUCACCGCAACACCCAAGAAGUCUCUCAGCCUUUCUCAUCUUGUUCCUUCCUCUCCCGCGUGCUUAUGCAGUUUUUCUGGGUUCAGAGGCAGAUGGGACUGAGACCCACGCAGCACUUUAUUCAGAUCCGUUGUGUCCUGCCCAUCUCCCCUCUGUUUCCCACUCCCACUCCAAAACACACACACACACACACACACAAUCAGUGCUUUGAAUCCAGAAUGCUGUCCACACCUUCUCCUCAGUCCAACAGCCCAUGUGCACCCCCCGGACUGCACAGGGUGCUCUGCAAGGGGACUCCUGCUUUCUGCUCCAGAGCUCAAAGCCAGACCUCUUCUACAGCAUCUCUCUCUGAAGGGUGGAGGGGAGAACAGGUCAUGGGGGCACCGCUUCCCUGCCCGGAGGACCAUCCUGGAGCAAGCAUGGCUCUUGAAGCACAACGUUUUAUUUGCAUUUCUUAGUUUUGAGUAAGUCAUGAGGGAAUUAAGGGAUAACCGUGCUUUCCCCUACCUUUUUCCGGUUCCUGUACAAUUUAUCCAUUGUGUUGUACUGAGCCGUUGUAGAGCUGUUUUCUAGGCUUUGAGAGAUGAGCUGUGGUUUUUGCUAUGAACUGGCUGUGAUGCUGCUGUCUGGGAGAAAGGUGACCUUGUACAUACGAUCCUGUAUAAUAAAAGAAAGACAUCUAAAAGAAAUCUAA